UAAGUAUAAUUGCUUUUAGGUUAUGUAUUCAUAAUAUAAAAUUAUCAAAUGACAGCUUGUCAAACAGCAAUAUAAAAAUAAAAAGAUAUACAUUUUCAUAUGAUUUAAUGAAAAUUAUUAAUGGCUGCAAUUGAUAAAGUUAAGAUUAUUGUCCUUGGCGAUUCUGGUGUGGGAAAAACAUCAUUAACACAUUUAAUAUGUCAACAACAACCUAUUAGUAAUCCUUCAUGGACUAUAGGUUGCUCAGUAGAAGUUAAAUUACAUGAAUAUAAAGAAGGAACUCCUAAUCAACGAAGAUAUUUUAUUGAAUUAUGGGAUAUUGGAGGAAGUCAAAAUCAUAAAAAUACAAGAUCUGUAUUUUAUAAUCCUACAAAUGGUAUCAUAUUAGUUCAUGAUUUAACAAACAGAAAAUCACAGCAAAAUCUUCAAAAAUGGCUUGAAGAAGUUUUGAGUAAAGAUAGCAAUUAUAUGAAAUCAAAAUCAUUUGAUGAUUUUGAUCCUGAAAAAUUUGUAGGAUCUACACAAAUACCAAUUUUAGUUAUUGGUACAAAAUUAGAUCUAGUUGCUGAAGUUAGAACAAAUGUACAAAGACGUUCUUCAACUAUUGCAGAAGAAUGUGGUGCUGAUGAAAUAUUUUUGGAUUGUCAUCAAGUGAGAUCACUUGCUGCUGGUUCUAGCUCCUCUGUUAAAUUAAGUAGGUUUUUUGAUAAAGUUAUUGAAAGACGUUAUUAUUCUCCAAAGGAAGGAAUCAGUCCUGAUAAACGAAGACUGCCAAUAUAUAUCCCAUACAGUUCAAAAAUUUAUCAUAAUGAUUAAAAACUCAGAAAAUUUUUUUAUUUUAGCAUUAAUAGAAUUUUUAUUCCUAAAUUUUAACAUUACAUUCCUAAUUUUUAUGAAAUACA